GUUUUUAUUGCAGGCAGUCAGCUGGCCGCCCCAGAAGUGCCUCCGAGCCCCACCCAGGACCCCCCAGGUGUCCCUCCGCUGAACCCCAUGUCCAUUUGGACCAUCCAGACCUCUCCCGUUUUGCUGGACCCCCUGGUGGCCCCCCAGACAAGCCCACCUGCUCAGACCCACGGCGAGGAAGCGGCUCCGGCGGUGCCCGCCACUUCCCCUUGGCUGCCUCAGCCCCAAAGUGCAACAAGGGCCUCUUUGAGCACCUUCCCGAGCCCUCCUCCAGCCCCCGGCCAGUUCCUGCCCCCGCAUCUGUUUCCUGCCCACCUUGGAGCUCUGGACGCCAGCCUGGGCAUCCUGGGGGAAUCGGCUCCACAGGACGGAGGAGCCCAGGGCCAGGACCCAGGCUCCCCCCUCUCUCACUCUGUGCCCGCCGUGGCCCUUCUGCCUCCUCAUGCCUUGCCAGGGGCCCAGAGUCAAAGUGCAUCCUUGGGGCCGAUGGCGGCGGCAUCGGCAGCAGCAGCAGCAGCGGGCCUGAGCCCGGAGCCCCCUUCCCAGCAGCAGCCCCACCCACCCUGCCCGAAGUCAGCCCCGGGCCCUGGCACCCUGGGGGACCCCCACUUUGGGACCAGAGAGGCUGCCUCCCAUGGGCUGCUGGGUAAACACCGGAGACUGGCCGAAGGGGGCUGGAGUGCCUCCCCUGCUGGCCCCUCCCCCUUGGCCCUCCCCGAUGCCCCAGCGCAGCCACCUCCGGUGACCCUCAAGUCCCUUCACCAUUCACUGGAAGACUUGCGCAUCUCUGUCCUCCGCAACCUUGGGGCUGUCCAUAGGCAGAUGGAGGCCCUGGAGAAGAGGAUCCACAUGCUGGAGCGCUGGUGGGCAGAGACGGAGGGGCGCCAGCAGCUGCCACCACCGUAGCCGGCGGCCGGGCUCCCUUCCUCCCCUUGUACAGACGCCCUGUUCUAAGGACGGUUCCGCCUUUGCUUCCCUUUGUAUUCCUCAAACGUCAGACAAUUUUCACUCUGCUCCUUGGAUGGCAGCGUCUGGUUGCUGAGACGGGCCUCCCCAGCAUGUCACCCCGUGGU